AUGACUGCGGGCGAAAGAGUACAGGUUCCGGAUUCCUGUAUAGAAGUCUCAGCGCUUUGCCCAGUCGAGGGCACACUAUAUGGCUAUGCUCCCAGCAUCGGUGCCAAUGCCACCUUCGCGGCCAUCUUCUUCAUCUGCCUGAUCAUUCACCUCAUACUUGGAAUCCGAUACAAGACAUGGACCUUCAUGAUCGCACUAGGAUUCGGAUGUCUGGGUGAAGGGAUUGGUUAUAUCGGCCGCAUUCUCCUGUGGAACAACCCCUACGACGAACUCGGAUUCCAGAUCCAAAUCUGCUGCCUGAUCAUCUCCCCUGCCUUCAUCGCUGCCGGCGUCUACUUGACCUUGAAGCACAUCGUUAUCAACUUCGGCGAGCGCUGGUCCAGACUCCGACCGAGCUGGUAUACCCGGUUCUUCAUCGGCGGGGAUAUCCUCUCGCUCGUCCUGCAGGGCGCCGGUGGAGGUAUCGCAGCGACGGCCGAACGCGGUAGCACCAUGUUGGAUGUCGGGACGAACCUCAUGAUUGCUGGCGUGAUCUGGCAGGUCGUCUGCUUGGGCCUCUUCGGAUACUUCCUCGCCGAGUACACAUUCCGUACGCACCGCCACCGCGACGAAUUGACUCCCGAGUCCAUGACCCUGUUCCACUCGAAGAAGUUCCGCCUCUUUGUCGGCGCCACCAUGACGGCCUAUGUCACAAUCCUCGCUCGCUGCAUUUACCGGAUACCGGAACUUACGGGCGGGUGGGGGAAUCCCUUGAUGAGGGCAGAGGUGGAGUUCAUCGUUCUGGAGGGGUUGAUGAUUGUCAUUUCGGUUCUCGUUCUUACGGUGUUCCACCCUGGGUACUGUUUCCCUGCGUUGGCGAAUACGAUUGGAAAGUCACGGAGGCAGAAGAGCAGGACAAGCUCCGACCUCGAUAUAGACAAGAUGCACAUUAUCUAUUAA